AUGGAUUGGAGUUCUACUGGUACUAAUCGCCUAUUGGAGUUGAAUGAGGUGGAAGAAUUCAGAUUACAAGCUUAUGAGAAUGCCAAGCUGUACAAAGAAAAGAGUAAACGAUGGCAUGACAACAAGUUUUUGCCACGGCAAUUUGCACCUAGACAACAAGUCUUGUUAUUUAAUUCCAGGUUUAAAUUGUUUCCUGAAAAAUUAAAAUCUCGUUGGUCUGGUCCAUUUAAGAUAUUGCAUGUCUAUUCUCAUGGAGCUGUAGUAGUCAAAGAUGACAAGAUUGGUUCUACUUUCAAUGUCAAUGGCCAACGAUUAAAGCAUUACUUUGGAGCUCCUAUAAUUCGUGAUAAAAAGUCCAUCAUUUUUCAAGCUGCUUAA